AUGGCGUCCACACCUCCUCAAUCAUCCACUUCCAAGAGGUCAAAGGAGUCGGAGCGGAUAGGCAGUUUCCAGCGUCAUGAAGAGAUUGGUCGAGGCAGCUUUGCAACGGUCUACAAGGCCAUCCAUACGACCAAUUCGGGGGUGCAAAGCAUUGUGGCGAUCAAAUCCGUCAAUAUGUCUAAGCUGAACAAGAAGUUGAAGGAUAACCUGACGUCGGAGAUCUCAAUCCUCAAAGGCCUUCAUCAUCCUCAUAUCGUAGCCCUCAUCGACUGCAAGGAAUCGAGUGCUCACAUACAUUUGGUCAUGGAAUAUGUUGCCCUGGGUGACCUCUCCCACUUUAUCAAGAGACGAAAUGAGAUCAAGGACAGUGACCUGGUGGGCAAUAUGAUGGUCAAAUAUCCCAAUCCUCGACACGGCGGCCUUCAUGAGGUGGUGGUCCGGCACUUCCUAAAGCAACUCGCCAGUGCUCUGCAAUUCUUACGGGCAAGAAAUCUCAUUCAUCGAGAUGUCAAACCGCAGAAUCUCCUGCUGAACCCGUCUCCGGAAUACUUUGAAAAGCACAAGCCACAUCCUAUGCCUUAUAAAGUCGGUGACGACUCGUUGAAUCCAGUGACCGGCAUUAAAUCUUUGCCUAUGCUCAAGAUUGCAGAUUUCGGAUUUGCUCGGUCACUGCCUUCAACAGCCCUGGCCGAGACCCUAUGUGGUUCACCACUCUAUAUGGCUCCAGAGAUCUUGCGGUACGAGAAAUACGGAGCAAAGGCUGACCUAUGGUCCGUGGGAACCGUGCUUUUCGAGAUGAUGACGGCCCGCCCUCCGUUCCGAGCUUCAAAUCAUGUCGAGCUGCUUCGAAAGAUCGAGAAGAGCGAGGACAAGAUCAGGUUCGGGGACGAAUACAUAAUCACCGAGGAAAUGAAGAAGCUCAUCCGGUCACUCCUUAAGAGGGAUCCCGAGGAGAGACUUUCAUUCCCCGAUUUCUUCAGCAACGAGAUCGUGGCGGGUCCUAUUCCUGGCCUGCACCCAGAGGAUGUUCCCAAAGAGCCCAUUCAACCCCAACACGACCGUCGGCGGAACAGUCGAACUGAUCCUGUAGGGCUAGUCCGUCCGGCAUCCCGCAGAGAACCAGAAAGUCCCUAUAAUGAUUCUUCCAAGACCGCUUCGGAAGAGAACACACCACGACGACACAGUGGGCGAUUGUCUGGCACAAAGGAUCAAAUUAUCACGCAAAGAAUUACAAACGAAGAACUUCAGGCCACAUUGGCCUCGCCCACAAGUCCAUCUGAUGCCCGUCCAACUCUUCAUCCUCAUGCUACCGCACCCGCCAGGCAGGAACUUGUACUGCGUCCAUCCUCGAUUCCGAUGGCCCGUCAGACCAGCACAGGCUCGCAUAAAUUACCCCCUUCCUCCUUGCGUGGCCAAGUCUACGACGAAAGCCAGGAAGCCAGCCUGCGGAAGGAGCAGGAAGAGAAGGAGAAGGAGAGGGAGCGGGUUGCACAGGAUAUUGCCUUCGAGCGAGACUAUGUACUGGUGGAGAAGAAGGCGGUGGAGGUCAACGCAUUGGCUGACGAGCUCGAAGCCAGUCCGCGUUUGAACAGGAAUUCCCUCCAGGCUGCCAUGUCCCCGAAAUCAGGAGCCAUGGUCCGCCGAGCCACGACACAGGGUGCGCCGGGCUCAGCAACGGGCGCCCAGACGAGCGCUUCUCGAGCUGUCCAGAUCGCUUCAGGGAGAAGACCCGAGUCGAUUCAUCAACGGCAAAACUCCUACGAACGCCGGUACGGUCCCAGUCCCAGCUCAGCAACUUCGGCUAUUUCAAAGGCUCUCAACAUGGCAAGCGGUCGACUAUUUGGAGUUGGAUUCUCUCCACCAGUAAACCUGAUUCGUGGCGGCAAAUCUCCUCCAAUCACCUAUAGCCCAUUCCCUACAUAUCCUGGAGCCCAAAGCAGCUUGGUCAUGAUUGGGGAUUCUAAGGGAACACCAGCCGCAGAUGAAGACACGAAAUUCGUUCAAAAUGUCGAGGAAAUUGCAACCAGAAGCGAUGUUGUAUAUGGAUUCGCUGAGGUCAAGUAUAAACAAUUGAUUCCUGCCGGCCCAUCACAUCCAGGACUUGGGUUGCGCAACACCUCCAGCGACAAUGUCACCGGUAUCCCAUUUGGAGCCUCCAAUGAAGACCUCACCAUCGAAGCAGUCGUGGUUGUGGCAGAAGAGGCCUUGGUUCUCUACGUCAAAGCGUUGGCUCUGCUCGCCAAGGGCAUGGACAUUGCAGCGCGAUGGUGGGCGCGUAAGAAUCGCACUGAGGCUACCGGUGAUAACGGCACGUAUCGGUCCAGCGCAAACUCGGCUGCCACGGGUCAAAGGAUGAACAAUGUCGUGCAAUGGAUUCGGAAUCGCUUCAACGAAGUUCUCGAAAAGGCAGACUUGGUUCGGCUGAAACUCAUCGAUAGCCAGCGACGGCUCCCCGAGGAUCAUCCCAGUCAUCCGAACAAUAUUUCUUCUACGACUGCGUCAAGCGCCGGCUUAGGGACAUCAGCGGACCAAGUGGUUGUUAGCUCUGGCAUUACCGCUGAAAAGCUCAUGUAUGACCGAGCCUUGGAAAUGAGUCGCGCGGCUGCGAUAAAUGAAUUGACCAAUGAAGACUUGGCCGGCUGCGAGAUCUCGUAUGUGACGGCAAUCCGGAUGUUGGAAGCUGUCCUGGAGAACGAUGACGACAACGUAUCCAGGAACGGCAGUGGUACCAGUGACCAAGAUGAAAAAGAGGAUCUGGCUCCGAUCAACGGACUAGAAGCUGAAGAUAGGAGAACUGUGAAGAACUUGGUGGCGAGCAUUCGUCAACGUUUAACCGUCAUCCGGAGAAAGCUUCAAGUCAUCCAGAAGCGUGCAUCGGCGCCGGCUGUUGCGUCCCCAACCAGAGCAUCUCCUCCCAUUCCACACCGCGGCAGCCACCCUGCUACAGGUGUUGCAGCGACUCCUCCACGAUCAUAA